UUCCUAUAACGAGUCUGACACUACAAGUUAACAUAUAGGACAAAGUGCGUAGUAUACAGGUCACUGCUUGCGCUGGCAUGGGUUUGGUUUGUUCGCUUAUCCAGACAAGCCACGAAAAACUGAUUGGUUUAUAACUUUAUAUUAGGCAAGAAAUGUGGAAAUUGUGGUCAUUAUUGGUGUUCCACAAUAUAUUAGUGUUAAGUAGUCCAUAUCCUAUUUACUAAUAUGGUAGCAAAACUUGACCACAUUACAACGGUCAUAAAGUAUCUCUUUUAAGUUCUUCAAUUAGGAGAAAUGAAGUUAGAUGAGAAGGAAACAUCAAGAAAUUGAGAUGACAAGUCCAACAAUAGUCCUCUACCCAUCUCCAGGAAUGGGCCACCUCGUAGCCAUGGUGGAGCUCGGCAAAUUCAUCCUCCACCACCACCCCUCCCUCUCCAUCACCGUCCUCAUCUCCCCUCCCUCCUUCAACACCGGCUCCACCAUGGACUACGUCCACCACAUCUCCGCCACCGUCCCCUCCAUCUCCUUCCACCACCUCCCCACCAUCUCCCUCGACCUCCUCUCCUUCCCCUCCAUGGAGGCCGUCAUCUUCGAGCUCCUCCACCGCAGCACCCCACACGUCCGCUCCGCCCUCGACUCCCUCUCCCGCGCCACCCCAAUCUCCGCCUUCAUCAUCGACUUCUUCUGCACCAGCUCCCUCCCCAUCGCCGCCGAGUUCCAUAUCCCCACCUACUUCUUUGUCACCUCCGGCGCCUACAUCCUCGCCUUCUUCCUCUACUUCCCCAUUCUCCACAACUCCACCACCCAAAGCUUCAAAGACAUGAACCAGCUUCUGCAUGCCCCCGGCGUCCCUCCCAUCCCUUCAUCGGAUAUGUUAAGGCCGAUGCUCGACCGGACAUCGUCAGAGUAUCAAAACUUCCUUGAUUUCUCCAUUGAAAUACCCAACUCGGCUGGUUUGAUCGUCAAUACAUUUGAAAGCUUAGAACCUAAGCCUCUUCAAGCGAUCCGGGAAGGGAUGUGCAACCCUGGCGGGAACACACCGCCAGUGUUCUGCGUGGGACCGCUCUUGAACACUGAGAACCAGCGAGAAGAGUAUAAUGAGGUCGAGUGUAUGAAAUGGCUGGAUAAGCAGCCUAGUAAGAGCGUCGUAUACAUAUGUUUUGGCAGUUUAGGAUUGUUAUCCGCGGCUCAGCUGAGGGAGCUGGCGGUGGGGCUGGAGAGGAGCGGGAAGAGGUUUUUGUGGGUGGUGAGGUCGCCGCCGACGGAGGAUAAGAGCAAGCGGUAUCUGAAGCCGCCGGAGCCGGAUUUGGAGGAGCUGCUGCCGGAGGGGUUCGUGGAGCGGACGGGGGAUAGGGGGAUGGUGGUGAAGUCGUGGGCCCCGCAGGUGGCGGUGCUGGGGCACGCGGCGGUGGGGGGAUUCGUGACGCACUGCGGGUGGAACUCGAUACUGGAGGCGGUGUGCGCGGGGGUGCCGAUGGCGGCGUGGCCGAUGUACGCGGAGCAGCACUUCAAUAGGGUGGUGUUGGUGGAGGACAUGAAGGUGGCUGUGAGGGUGGUGGAGGAUGAGGAGGGGUUCGUGUCUGCGGAGGAGGUGGAGAGGCGGGUGGUGGAGCUGAUGGAGGGGGCGGAGGAGGUGAGGAGGGAGGUGGAGAAGAAGAGUGUGGAGGCGAGGGAAGCCAUGGCCAAAGGGGGAUCUUCGGUUGCGGCGCUCGGGAAGAUGGUGGAUUUGUGGACCUCUGCUUUGUCUUCUUAGCUGUGCGUCAAUCGUUGUUGUUUUUGUUUCGUCUUAUUCAAAUAAUUGGGCAAUAAUGUUUUAUGUAUGCAAGCUAAUAAAUAAAUUUAUAAUUUUAGCAUCAA